AAAAACAAAAAUUAAAAAAUUAGUUUUGUCAUCUACUCGUGAAAACAUUUACUGCGUAUAAAAGUUUUAAACAUUGUAUGUACAAAACAAGCAUAUUGCAUUACAAGAAAGAACAAUUCUGUGCUUUUGGAAAUAAGCCUAGACGCUUUAGUAUAAUAGAUUUCUGCCUAUGAAAAUCUCGUAUAUAUGUGUGAGCGAGGAUUCGGAAGAACUCGAUAAGUAGAGUAACAUGCAAAAAUAUUUUUUUUACUUCUCGAUACAAAAUCCAAUUCACAAAUUGAUACUAAUAAGUGUACUUUAAUUCCAGAAAAGAAUUUUCAAAUCUAUAAAAAAAAUAUAUAUGAAAUCUCAUAAACAAUGUGCAUGAAUGAUUUUAUAUUAUCGACCCGGUCAGGUUUGAGGAGCAGUUCAGCAUCCCCUUAAGCGCCAUAAGGUGACAGAGUUUUGACGUAACGCAAGUUUUAUACACUAAAUAUUGGACUUUCUUAACAACGAAUUUUCAACUAAAAUUUGGAAGCUCUUGGCGACGACAACGAUCUCGAAAGAAAAGACUGAGUGCGAAUUAGAUUGAAUUUUAUACAUUUAAUGGUCCUCCGAGCCGGAUCGCACAAAAAAGAAACUUCACAAGGACGCAAGUAAAAGGAACACGUUUAUGAACGCUGCCACACCUUCUAUGUGUAUUCUCAUGCCAAGCUGCUCGCCUAUCGAAAAGAAUUAGACGUGAUGGCACUACAUUCUGAUUCUUCGCUCACCGAUCACGAAACAUCCACUUCAUCGAGGCUUUGCAUUGCCUUACCUGAAAUCAAGCUGCCAAGUUUUUCUGGAGAUUACCAGUCAUGGCCAUCAUUUUAUGAAGACUUUGUUUAUUUAAUUCGAGAUAACAAAGACUUAUCUAAUGCCGAAAAAAUGUAUUAUUUAAAAACAUGUUUAACUGGAGAAGCAGCUCGUUCGAUUUGCUAUUUAACUGUCACACAUGACAAUUUUUCGGUUGCAUGGUCUUUAUUAUUAUCAAAGUACGAUAACAGGCGACUUUUGAUAAGAGCGCAACUAGACAGAAUCAUCAAUUUAAAGUCGCAAAAAAACGAAAGUGCUCAGGAACUCAGAAAUAUCCUAACGAUCUUUCUAAGUGCCAUAGACUAUCUCCGUAAGCUAAACUGCCCUGUAGAUGAAUGGGAUAUUUUAUUUGUGCAUCUUCUGGAAAAAUUACUCGAUUCGGAAUCACGUAUGGCCUGGGAGAUGAAGCUCGGAUUAACGACAAUCUAUCCAACCUUCUCAGAACUGAAAGAGUUUCUCUUUGAAAGGGCACGAGUUUUGGAAAAUAUUGAGUUGUUUGCUUCGACUUCUGGAUCGGAUAAAGGGCAUUCCACAAACUCUUGUAAAAAAUCAAGUUAUUCUAAGUGCCCAUUAUGUGGAGCUUCUCACUAUCUAGCAAAGUGCGAGCAAUAUCAAUCAGAAACUGUUCAACAGCGUCGAGACAUCAUUGUGAAGCAUCGGCGAUGUUUUAAUUGUCUUGCUCCUCAUGCAAUUAAUAAAUGUACUAACAUCAGACGAUGUCAGAAAUGCGGGAGGAAACACCACACCUCCAUUCAUGGCAAAGCGUUUUCAAAACAUUCUGUUGACACUCCAGUCGAAGAAGCAACUAAUUAAUCUGCGAAAAAUUUACAGGCUCAACCAACGAUAAUUGGACAAUUACAUAUAAGUGCACAUCAUUCCAGGCGGACAUCCAUUGCGUAAACUUACAUUUAUUUGCAACCAGUCGAACCUUACUAACAAGAAAUAAUGGAAAACACCAUCUACAAUUAAAUUUACGAAAAGGACAAUAGCUUCCGACAUUGCAAAAUUGUAUGAUCCGUUACGAUUCAUAUCACUAGGUUUGAUAUGAGCAAAGACUAUCCUACAAGAACUUUGGUUACUAAAGACUGUGUGGGACGAAGCCUUACCUCCAGAGUUACAACACAAUGAACAAUUUUUCAACAACAGUUAUAACAGCUUGAACAACUUUCAAUAUCAAGGUGCAGGCUUGGAAUUGUUCGCUCCAAUAUCUCUAUUAAAAUCAAUGGAUUUUUGAACGCGUUACAAAUGGCCAUGGCUGCCGUGAUUUAUGUGAGAGUACACGAAAACAAUCGGCAUGAUCUCGACGCAAUUGAUAUGUUUUAAAACUAAAGUUAAAUCUCCCAAUUAAUUUUAACUAACGUUCUUCAAUUUCAGCUAAAUACUAGACAUUCCUAACGACGAAUUUUCAGUUAAAGUUCGGGCGCUCUUGACGACGACGACAAUUUCGAAAGAAAAGACAGCGCGAACUAGAUUAAAUUUAUAAAUCUACUUAUAGCGAAAUAAGUUUCCUUUUAUCCCCCUUUUUUUCUUUUUUUUGGUAAAUAUGCGCUCUCUUCCAUUUAUCGUUGUACGCUGCUCCCGUUCGCUCUUCGAAGAAUUCAGCGAUACAUUCGAUAGUCUUAAUUGUCGUCCCCGUCGAACAAGCACGUGGCGUCGCGUUGUCGUUGAUAAAGUAACGUCGCCUCGCUGUAAACGCACACGAUGAUAAAUGCACGUUGUACUCGAUGCAUUGCAGAGUCCACUUUUGGAAUCUCGAUUGAUAAUAGUUGUCGCGGAUAAACGAUACCGGUGCGAUUCUUAUGAAAAUCCCAAAACGGAGAGACAUCAAGUUCUCAAGAACUUAACUCUCGGGAUAAUUAUCAAGCGGGAGGAGGGGGGGGGAAAGCGAGAUAAGAGAUAGGAUUUAAUUACGAAUAUCGGUCACGCGCGCGAAAGAGAGAGGGUUCAGGCGGAAGCUCAUUUAAGCGGAUCUCUUGACUCCAAGUUUGCUCGCUCGAGACCUCGGAUAAUAUUGCCGAGGGUUCGUCAACGCGCGUCGGUUAUAAUUGACCGCGGUAACAUUCGUGAGACGUCGGCGAGCAUCAAUUACGUGCCGGGCAUCUUUGAUCCUCCUGCGUGAGCGCACGUAUCGAUACCCGCGACGAAUACACGAUGCCAUGACGAGUGUGAUCGCCGAGGCGCGACGAUAACCCGCGCGGGCUGAUAAUCGGGAUAAUUGGUCUCGAUUACGAGCGAAAGUAUCUCGCAAAAGUAUGUCGCAAUUAUCGGGAUUCAAUGUGAAUAUCUGACCGUAAGACACAGGUGCGAUUUCAUUUGCAUGCAACAUCACUGAUUGAAUUUACGAUUAAUAUAGCUGACCUCAAAAAUAUAAAGGGAGAUUGCCGUAAAAAAAUAUUAUAAUCGCUAAAAAUCAAACGCAUUAUAAACUAUUUUUGUAACAUUGAAAUACUUCGAUAUAUUGUAUAACUAAUUUAAAUGUAAGAAUGUUUUUAGUUGUAAAUCAAAAUAAAAUGUAAAUUAAAAUCAA